UCAUCAACGGUUUUGACAACAUUAUCAACAUUAUUAUCAUCAAGAAUUAUCAUCAUUAAAAAAAAUUAUUAUUUUUCUUGACCACAACAUUGACCGGCUUUUAUUCGUUCAUGUGCUUUGUUUAUUGGUGUAUCUUCAUUUGAAAAAAAUAUCCUUAGUUGAAUAAAAUUUUUACAAAAAUAAUUCAGAAAAAAUAUUUGUUCAUUUGUUUGAAAACAAUACGUGGGUUAUUCAAAGUAAAUCUACAGGUUUUGUCAGGAUUAAAAAUCAUCAUCAUUGUCUAAAAGAAAAGUCACUUGAUAAUCGACAAAAUGACAACUACUGAAAACGAAACCAAAGUGGUUGAACCACAAGCAGGACAAAAAGAUGAAACAAUGAACGAAACGGUCGAUUCAAAAAAAUCUGAUCAACCAGCAAAUGAAACAAAUAAUUCAACACCAUCAUCACCGACGAAAAAAACUGAAACACUUAAACCGGCUAUUACAGCACAUAAAAAAGAUUUUGAAAAAGAUGUUGUCUAUUUGUAUCAAUUCACACGAUCGGCAACAAUUCCAUCAUUGUCGGCCUGUUGUUUGAAAGUUGAAAAUUGGCUUCGUAUGUCCGGCAUUCGUUAUGAGAACGUUGAUCAUAAACUUCGUUUUAAAUCCAAGAAAGGACAAUUACCAUUUGUAGAAUUGAAUGGCAAAGAGAUUGAAGAUUCGGAUACAAUUAUAAAAGAAUUGUCAAAAUAUUUUGAUAAAGAAUUAGAUUUUGGUCUAACUGAAGAACAAAAAACAACUAGCCAUGCAUUUGUAUCAAUGUUGAAUAAUCAUACUGGAUGGAUUGUUCGUUGGUGGCGUUACAAUAAUCCACGAGAAUUUCUUGAAAGCGCUCAACUUGAUAUCAAGCGAACAUUCAAUUCACGCUUUCCCAAUUCAAUAUUGAAUUUUGUUUUCAAACUCGGAUUCAAAAAGCAUCUCAGUGAUUCACUAGGCUUGGGACGUGGACGUUUUACAUUGGAAGAGAUUCAAGAAUCGGCUAAAGAAGAUAUCAAAGCAUUAAGCAAUCUUCUUGGUAAUAAAGAAUAUUUCUUUGGUAAAGAAGCACAUUUGCUUGAUUGUGUUGCAUUUGCACAUUUGGCCCAAUUUUUCUAUGUACCAUUUGCUGGUCUUAAAGAAUGGAUGGAAACCGAAUCAUCGAAUCUGAUCGGUUGGAUGGAUCGUAUGAAAACAACUUAUUGGCCUGAUUGGGAAGAAAUGUGCUCUUCAUUAGAAUUAAAUACUCAUCUUCCGAAAAAAGAAGUGCCAGCCGAUCAAGCUGCCGCUGAACAACAACAAAAUGCCGCCGAUGAAGAAUCGAAAAAGAAAAAGGUAAAGGACGAAAAAAAGAAAAAGGAAAAGAAAGAAAAAAAAGAUAAGAAAAAAGAAACGAACAAAGAUAAAUCGGAUGAACAAGCAAAAGAAAAUGCUGGUGGUGAUGCCGCUAAAGAUAAAGUUGAAGAUGCGUCAAAAGAACCUGCUGCUGCAGCAGCAGCACCUGAACAACCAGCUAACAAACAAGAUUCUGCUGCAUCAAAUGGUGGUGAAGCACCUAAAACCGAAGUGACUGCUUCAGAAUAAUUCAAACAAAUGGCAUCUUGUCUAUCGUUUUUUUUUCGUCUAAACCUAAACACACACACACAUCAAGUCAUUUAUCAA